UGAGCGAGCAGCUCCCGCACUUUCGAUUACGCUGUGGGCGUCGCCACCUUCGGGUAAGGCGCUCCCAGGACCCCUUUCCUUCCCCUCUACAAAAAGCUCAAACAGGGUCGUCUGAGCUUUCACAGCGCCCAACGCAGUGCCAAGUUCGACUAACGGCCAAUGUGGUGGAUUUAAAAUCCUUCUUCAAUGAAAUCCUACCUUUUCCUUCCUUGCCCACCUGGUGGCCCUUCGGAAAGUCCCAGUAGGGAGGGGACUUGACCCUCCCGGAAGGCUAGAAUCCCUGCUCCCUGCACGUUCAACUCUCUCAGGUCUCCGCUGAAGGGAGCUGACCGUCCUCCCGCCCUGGGGCCACCGCAACCCAGAGGCCCUUCUCCCCAAAGGAGCAUUCCAGAAAACCCAGUCUUGAGGCUGAAAAGAGCCUGGAAUCCCAGACCUAAACCAGUGAAGAAUCCUGCUGAACUAUGGGUAAGGCAUUCUCCCAGCUCAAGUCUCAGCAGGAUGAGGACAGGCCGAUCCUCCCCGACAACCCAGCCGUUACCAGCAAGGCGGCCAACUACUUCAGCAUCUGUGGCAACAAGCCACCCCGCGGUGUGCCUUAUGAAAAGGUUGCUGGUACCGGCUUUGUGACUUGCCCUACCUGCCAAGGCAAUGGGGAGAUCCGCCAAGAGUUAGAGAAGCAGCUAGUAGCCCUCAUCCCUUACGGGGACCAAAGGCUGAAGCCCAAACACACGAAGCUCUCUGUGUGCCUGGCGGUGAGCAUCUGCCUGCUGGCUUUCUCCCUCACCAUCUUUUUCCUGUAUCCACGGUCCAUUGUCGUGCAGCCUGUAGGCCUCAACUCCUCCACGGUAGCCUUUGAUGAGAAUCAUGUACAGCUCAACAUGACGAAUGUGCUCAACAUCUCCAACAGCAACUUCUAUCCCAUCACAGUCACAUGGCUGACUGCCGAGGUGCUCCACCUGACCUCUGUGGUAGGACAAGUCAACAGCAGCCUCCGCCUGCACAUCGGCCCUUUGGCCAACGAGCAGGUGCCUUAUGAAGUUGCCAGCAGGAUUUUGGAUGAAAACACAUACAAAAUCUGUACGUGGCUGAAAGUCAGGGUCCACCAUAUUCUUUUGAAUAUCCAGGGUUCCCUGACCUGCUCCUACCUGAGCCAUCCACAGCAGCUGCCCUUCGAGAGCUUUGAGUAUGUGGAUUGCAGGGAGAACAUGUCAGUGCCCCACCUGGAGCUCCCUCGUCCAGCCUGACCUGUCUGCUGCCUCUGUACUCCAGGCACCCGCAGGCUGGUCUGCGGCUCAUUUCCAUGGAUCGCAAGGAUGGACUGUAGUGACUUUGCCGAAGGAAAAGUUCUGCUUUGUUAUCCCGUAGCACAUGGAACUUCUGUAACUAUGUCAUAGGCCCUGACACCUCAGAUCCCCUGAGUCACAUCUGACUGAUCUUACCCAUGCUCUGUGUUGAGGUGGGUCUUCAGAGAAAGUCUUAGUUUUAUUGAGACAUACAACAUGGGUGGACCCUUUCAAGUGCUUCUCCCAGUAAGAAGUGGUUUUGAGGACAUCCAGUGCCGUCUGCAAGGUCUUUUUUAGGUGACUAUAAUGUUCUCUGUCGCUUUGGUCAGGUGAUAGUGAUGGUGGUGACCUGUCUCUCAAUAAGUGGUCUCUCCCCUUACAAGCUAUCCAGAUGAGGGACCGUAAGGUCCUCAUCCUUCCUGGUUGAGGACAGUGUCCCUGGUUUCCAGGAAGGCAGAGUACUUCAUCUAAACCUCUUCCCUAUAGAACAGCUCUAAAGCUAAGUAGCUGCGGAGGAGCUGUCUGGUCUACCCUAGAUCAAAGGCAGAGUCAUUUGAAAAGGUAUUUAUUAAAGUUUCUAAGCCCACAAUCCCAAGCCCAUGUGUGUGGACACAGUACAUAGAGUAGGCCCAGUGACUGUACUCAGAAAGUCUGAAGGCCAUGAACUGUUGUCAGGCCAAAGCUGUGGGGCUCCCAUGGAUUCUCUGCACCCGGCCCACCCUCUUUUCCCAAGGCCUCUGCUGUUCUCUGGGCUUUGACUGUGAAGAGUGACAGAUUCACCAGAACUGGGCUAGAUCCUCGCCUGUCACUGCACUGAACCAAAUCCCACGUAACUCCCAAUUUCCCAAAGGAUUCUACAUAGAGAUGAGAUCUGUAUUGCAGGAAGGCAGGAAUGUUUGUUCGUUAAACUAGCUCCCCUUGGCCCUUCAGACAGGUGGUGUGGUAAGAAGCUGAUGAGGCAGUAAUGGUGACGGAACUAUAUAGCUAGACUCGGGCUGCAAGGAGGGAAAGUCUGUUGUCCCAAGCUUUCCCCCCUGAGUAGCCAGGGUUAAGGUAUGCCAACAAAACACAGAGUCGCAGGGAGGUCAAGCCGAGGUCUUGGGGUAUAAACCAUCAAAUGUAAAAGAUUUCUAUCAAUAAACUAUUUAGCGGUGCUAAAGGAAAAAAAA